AUUACGAAGGGCUGUUAUCAAAAUGGCGGCGAUCGCGGCAACGAAUCCCUCGCAGCUUUUACCUCUCGAGCUGGUGGAUAAAUGCAUUGGUUCACGGAUUCACAUCGUCAUGAAGAACGAUAAAGAGAUUGUGGGAACUCUGCUCGGAUUUGAUGACUUUGUCAACAUGGUUCUUGAGGAUGUGACAGAGUUUGAAAUCACUCCAGAAGGAAGAAGAAUCACAAAGCUGGAUCAGAUUCUACUCAAUGGCAAUAACAUCACAAUGUUGAUUCCAGGAGGAGAAGGACCAGAAGUUUGAGAAAUAUGUAGCACCUUCCACAAAAUAAACAUACUAUUUAUGUUCCUGUUUCAUGAAAGAAACCUGAAAAAUGAUCACUUAUUGUUUUCAAACAUUCAUUUUCAUUUUAUGAGGGGAGUUUUUCCACAUUAGUUCUUUCUAUUCUUUAAGUGAUCCAAAAAGUUUUUGUAAACAUUUGCCGCUUGUUACAAUAAAACAGAUCAAAUGAAUUGGACUGAGUUGGAAUUCAGUUGUAUGUUAUAAUAGAAUUUGUUGCGAUAGAUUCCUGAAGUGUGAAUGAAGAAAAUUUUUGGUUUUAAUGUGGUUCUUUGCUUUAAGAAUGUCACAUUUGUGAAUUUGUGCAUUUUCCUGAUUUAUUUUGUAUAUGCUGAAAUAAAUGUACAUGUAGAUUUA